ACUCUCAAGAAACUCAACAACUGAGUAAAAUGCAGCAUUCUAUUCUAUAGCUCGAGUUUUUACUCAAAAUGGGGGCUAAACCCUCAUCUAUAAGUGAUUUGCAACACAACCCAGUCCUCCAAACGUUUACUGGAGAAACAGCAAUUGGGGAAGAAGAAGAGUUUUGGGAAGAUAUCUUGGCGUUCUCGUUUCAAGCUCCAUACAACAGUGCUGAUGCCAGAUUGUUGGAGGAAGCUACAGAGCCAAUUUGUCAAAGGCUAGUUGGAAACAAUUUAACAACAAGAAAUUUUGUCACCCUUGUAAAAGUAUUUUUGAAAAGAAUUCCAGAUUUGAAAGACAGUACAAAAUAUGAAGACAGUGAUUUCACAUGGCAAACCUACAAUGCCAUCCUUCUUGUUCGUAGUUUUUCAAAAUAUUUUAUAGAGAUGUUACCCAAUGAAGAUGUUAUCAGGCAUUUAGGGGGCUCUGUAGUGAAAUCUCAAAGUGAUGAGGAUGUGUCUGGCUUCACUGGACAAGUAUUGCACUGUACAGACUGUGGUGUUAUUGAGGAUCUUAUUUGUGGUCUUUUUGAUGUCAUUGCCAAUGUGCCAGUCAGUGAAAUGACUUAUCCCAUUCAUGUUGAAGCCAUCAACACUCUGUUGGUCAUGUUAUCGGUUCAGAUGUUUGACUCUAGUGCAUUUCACAGUAGUAUCUUCUAUCAGGUUAUAAUGAACGGAAAAUGCAACUCAAGUGCAAAUGACCUUGUCAGAGUUCUUCUCAAAAACUUCAUCAAAAGUGACAAGACGCCUGCAGAGCUUACAACAGUUACCAAUGGAGGCUGGUUUUCUGGUGUAUGGUCAUGGUUUGGCUCUCAAAGUACAAGUGAAGAUGACUCCUCUCUUUUGGCUAAUCAGAGCUUAUUGUUGUUGCUUGUUCUUGUUAAUCACUGCACGCAGGACAAGAGGAAACUAAACCCAUAUAGACAUGCUCUGUUUAACUUUACAAAUAGGAAACUUAAAGAAAAUACAAUGGAUGAAGACAACUUGGAGAAAGAAGGGGACCCACCCUUUACACUCCACAUAGGAAUGCUAUUCACAGCAAUCUGCAGAGAUUUGCAUAAAGAUCAAACAACGCUUCUGUUGUAUCUAUUACUGCAUCGCAAUCCUAGUGUGGCAUCUUUUAUCCUGUCAAGGACAGAUAUUGACAACCUGGUGAUGCCGAUUCUAAAACUACUUUAUAAUGCUGAUAAUCACAAUGCGCAUCAUAUUUAUAUGUCCCUCAUCAUCCUGUUGAUUUUGAGCCAGGAUGACAACUUCAACAAGUCAGUGCAUGAGCUGGUUAUACCCACAAUACCGUGGUAUACAGAACGAGUCAUUACAAAUAUUACCCUCGGGGGUCUACUAGUGUUAGUUGUGCUCAGAACGAUACAGUAUAACAUGACCAAGAUGAGGGAUAAAUAUCUUCAUACUAACUGCCUGGCUACACUGGCCAACAUGUCGUCACAGUUUCAUGCCCUUCACCCGUAUGUUACACAGAGAAUAGUCAGUUUGUACGCUCUACUGUCAAAGAAGCACGCAAAGGUGACCGAGCUCCUGAAACAAGCAGAGAGUGGCAACGAACAACAAAAUGCAAAUGGAGCUCACAACAGCGACCAUCUGGCGGACCUGGCUAUUCUUGAAGAAGUGAUCCGUAUGGUGUUAGAGAUCAUCAAUUCGUGUGUUACAAACACACUUCAUCAUAAUCCAAACCUGGUAUAUACCUUGCUCCACAGAAGAGAACUGUUCGCGCAGUUUAGAACGCACCCAACCUUCCAAGAUAUUAUACAGAAUAUAGACACGGUGUUGGCAUUCUUCAGUGCACGGCUGGAGCAGCACCCAGACCAGACAUUGUCUGUUGGAGUGGUGCUCGAUGUCAUUAAGCAAGGAACACUUCAGUGGCCAAGAGAUAGACUUAAGAAAUUUCCUGAGCUGAAGUUCAAAUACGUAGAGGAAGAACAGCCAGAGGAGUUUUUCAUCCCAUAUGUCUGGUCUUUAGUUUACAAAUCAUCAACACUUUACUGGAACCCAGAUCACAUUCAACUCUUCCAUCCUGAGUCUGACGAGUCUGGAUCCUAAAGAGUAACUCCAAAUAUGGUGCGGCGGGAACGCACCAUGUUCCAGGAUGUUGCAGGAUGCAUCAAAGGUUUCAAUAGACAAUGGAGUUGUGUUGUAGUUGAGGUGUAACUCUAUAAGCACCCUUUUUAUUGAUCAAAGAAUCCAGCUGUGUCUUACUGAUGCCUUAAAAUAUUCUGACACGUUCGUUCUUGAGCAUCGUUAUCGAGAGUUUAAACCUUGCUCAAGUUGACCCUGUUGAUUUAAAAAGAACGGAUAGAUUAUAUUAGUGCACAAAAAAUUGUAACAUUCAUGCCACCUUUGAACCCUGACGUAUCUUUAUAACGAGUGUUUUGAAAGCGUACGUGCUUGCUGGGCGCAAAUCGGUGGUGAAUCAACAAUUGACUACGCAGAUUGAUGAGAUAAUGAGUGUCUAAUCAAUUUAGGGGGCAAUGUUUUGUUUAUCUUUCGCGACUGUGGAGCUCAGGAAAUUUGGUUAUGCUCCGUGGAUCCAUUGUAAAUUACGUUAGUACAGAAAAUUAUUUUCCAGUCUACAAAGAGAUAGGAAUGUUUGGGGUGUGUUACGAAUUUGUAGGCGCUUUGCUUAGGUAUAGUCGUGUUUGUUAGAUGUGGUCGUGCAGAUUUGGGUUAAGCGUCAAGUUACAGAAGGAACGCCCUCAUUCGAAUUGUGAUAUUGCGCAACAACAAAAAAGAAGCUGCAAAAAUGUAAGAAGUAUGUUGAAAUGCUCUAGUUAGCAGACGAAAGCUUGCGCCGAAUUUCACUUAACCUCGGAUGGUUUCUGAGCGCUUCAUGUCUCAAACAUCUUAGGUAUCCUAUUAGGAAUAUAUGGUCUAAAGUAGAGAUGGAGAAAAAAUCUUAUGUUUUAAUCGAAUUAGAGGCAUAAAUGAAGCAAGGAAUGAUACAAGGAAGUCAAUUUACGCCAAGAUUAACUGCAAAUCCACAGAAAUUACAAGAUUAAAGGGAAUUAUAGAUGUAUUAGUCUGAGAAAUAUUGCAGACAAAUCUCUUCUAUAUCCAAUGCAUGGAAUAUUUCAGUGGAAAACUUUGUUUAUUGGAUCGGCCAAGUGGGAUCGCUUAUGAGUUUUUAAAGGCCAAUGUCAUGUUCCCUGCGUAUUGACAAUUUUAGCCUCAAUUUUUUUUAGUCUGCAAUCUAUUUUAAAUCUUCUCCAUCUUGGCAAAGUUUUUACUUUCGUGAUAUUUCAUCGCCUUUUUUGUGGUUAUAUAUCUCUCCGAGCUAGUAUUUCAAUUCGCAAUGUCCAACAAGGUGAAAGCAGCUUUGCACAGCAUAAGACGGAGAUUAAAUCUCUCAACUUGCUCUUUAAGUAGCUGCUUAGGUGGAUUUUUGUAAAACGUUGUAAUGUAAACACUCGCAUAUUUUGGCACAGGUUUCUUUCAGGGAUCGUUUGUCUCUUUUCUGAAUUCUAUAAGAGAAGUUAUUGUAACCAGAAAUAAUCUUCACGUUUUGUGAAAGCCUUGUAAGAUAUAAUACAGCCCAACAGAAGGGUUCAGAGCAAAUUAACAAGCAAAUAUGAUAAUUUUAACAAUCUAAUCAUUUACGAAGGUAUGAUCCGACACGGGUUGUUUGGAUCCUAAUUUAUAUAUCAACAGUUUUAGAUAAAUUUUGCACAGUUUCAUAUGCAAAUGGAAUAUAUAAUACGAUAUAUUUAACAUAGUUCAAUAAUAACAACUAAAAUUAAUCUGGGAAUAUGUGUAUUACUCGUUGUGAGGAAUUUAAAAAAAUUGAAGGCAGUAGUCGCAGUUAUUCUUGAAUUCUUAGACAUUCGAUAACUUCUCGAAAAAAAUUUUUGUCCAAUAUUUGUUAAA